AUGAACGUGGUCACGCCUGCUCAUCUAGAGGCAAAGAUCCGCGAUGAAAUUGGCGCUGUAUUGGUAGAAGCCACGGAUCUUUCUGAUGGAUGCGGUAGCAAAUUCAGUCUUGUAGUAGUGCACGAGGGUUUUGAAGGCCAAUCGCUUUUAGAGCGUCAACGCCAGAUUAAUGAUUGUCUUAAGGAGGAAAUGACGCGCAUUCACGCAUUGCAAAUGAAGACGUGGACGCCAGCGCAGUACGAGCAAAAGACGCUCAAAAAGUUGCCAACCAACAGCCAAUCCCCUGGCGAGCAGUAG